UAAGAGUCUUGUUUUUUUUUCAGGAGACACGUUGAAUAUUGAGAAUACUCCAACAACUUGUGUAUUUGCUUAGAAAAGUGAUGGCUGAUAAUAACUCAUUGGUUGGUGGUCGGGUCUCAGUGAUGCUGAAUGACAACACAGUCAUUAUUGUGCAGAUGCUGGUGAUAAUCUUUCUUUCCAUCAACCUUUUACUCAUCAUGACGUUUUUCAAAAAGGAGUGCUUCCACACAACUGCACGCUACAUCCUUUUUGCUGUUACACUUCUCUCUGAUAGUUUGAUGUUAUUAAUGUCUGAUAUCCUGCUCAUAGUGAACCAUUUUCGAUUUAGCAUGCAAAUUUGGAUAUGUGUGAUUAUCUCUGUUGUGGUACUUCUUUAUGAUAUAGUUACACCAGUUACUCUGACAGUAAUGACCCUGGAGCGAUAUGUGGCCAUCUGCAUGCCCCUGCGUCAUGCAGAGCUGUGCUCCACACGCAGCACUAUGCAUUGCAUCCUCAUCAUUCAUGCCCUCAGCUCUGUACCCUGCAUUGUUAUUCUCUCCACUGUCUUUGCAUCAGCCUCUCUUAGCUUUUACAAACAACACAGGCUAUGUGCUAUGGCAUCUUUAAUGUUGUACAGGUGGCAGGAUCACGUUAGGUCAGCUGUGAAUCAGUGUUACUUCUUGAUUAUGUUUAUCAUCAUUGUAUUCUCCUAUGCUAAAAUCAUGCAAGUGGCCAAAGCUGCAUCAGGAGAGGAUAAAAAGUCGUCAUGGAAAGGGCUCAGAACAGUAAUUCUUCAUGGUUUCCAGCUGCUGCUCUGUCUAAUCCAGAUGUGGACUCCAUUCAUAGAAGCAGCUAUAUUACCACAUGAUUUCAUAUUAUUUAUUGAUGUCAGGUACUCUAACUACAUAUUGUUUAGUCUUACUCCCAAAUGUCUGAGUCCUCUCAUUUAUGGCCUCAGGGAUGAACAAUUUUUUCAAGCACUGAAAAACUUCUUUGGCUUGUAUAAAACAAAUAUUUGA